CAGCACCGCCACAAAACCCAAAAAAUUGUUUGUGCCGCCCAUGGUUGGAUAUACGCUGGGCAAGCUGAAAAAUCGAGAGACCCUUCCAGGCCAGUUACCUGACUAUUUGCGGGAGAAGGUGACUCUUAUAUCGAAAGCUGCUCUACAGUUGGAAGAACUCGGCAUCAAACCCAACAGGCGUUGCCGACUUUUUUGGAUCCCCGGACGGAUAGAGGUUGUUGGCAAACACACAGACUAUGCAGGCGGACGAUCCUGCGUUUGCGCAGUCAAUCGGGGCUUUUGCGUCCUGUCGGUGGAUCGGGGUGACGACGAGCUUCGGGUGGUGAGCUUAAAGUCAAAAGCUGAUCAAGAUGAGGAAGUCCUGCAGUGCUCGGUGCGACUAAGCCCGGACACAGAGGUUGCGAGCAACCAUUGGUCUUUGUAUAUUGCUACCGCAGCUCGGCGGCUCUCACAAAACUUUGGGCAUUUGCUUGGUUGCGAUGUGGCAAUUUCAUGUGAUUUGCCUCCAGCAUCGGGAAUGAGCACCUCAUCCGCUCUAAUUUGCGCUAUGUACAUGGUGCUGGAUGUGCGGAAUGGUCUACAAAAACAUCCAAAAUUUGUGGCGACCUUCAAGAAAGAAGAGGAGCUGUAUGAAUAUUUGGGUUGCAUUGAGAACGGCCAGUCGUGCGGCGAGUUGACGGGAGAUCAAGGUGUAGGGACUUUCGGUGGUAGUGAGGACCACACAGCCAUCAUGUCCUCAGAGGAAGGAAAACUGAAAGUUUUCUCAUACAAACCAACAAGACUGGAGAGUAUUGCACCCUUUCCGGACCACUUGACCUUUGUCGUCGCAUCUAGUGGUGUGCUUGCUGAGAAGACGGGGGACAAAAUGAACAACUACAAUGAUGCCGCGAACCUGGCGGCGUUGGCGGCCAAGACCUUUCAAGCCUCCACAGGCAAUCAAUGUCCUGACCUAGCAAGCUGUGUGCGAAGCUGUGGCGAGGCAGCCUGUGAGACCAUUUCAGCGGUGCUGCGGGCAAAAGGAACCGAACAUCUAGAUGUCCGUUUUCGCCAGUUCUACAUCGAGAGCGAGGUUUGCGUGCCUGGCGUAGCAAAGGCGGUCUCCGCUAAUUCAUUUGAUGAAAGGGAACUUGGUCGGCUGGUUGAACUCUCUCAGGAACAAGGUGAUGCUGGCCUCCAGAACCUGGUGCCAGAGACGCGUUGGCUGCCGGCGGAGGCUCGGUGCUUGGGGGCAGUAGCAGCUUCCGCCUUUGGUGCUGGCUUUGGCGGCAGUGUUUUUGCUAUUGUGAGACGUGAUGAUGCGCCCGAAUUCCUUCGUAAAUGGAGAGAGAGCUAUGUCAAGGAGUUCCCAGGAAACGCUUCAAGCUCCGAGUUCUUCAUCACUGCUUGCAUCCCAUCCAAGACGCAUAGAGAGACGACAUUUCGACACAAGUGAGGCAAAAGUGAAACAGUUGCGUCAUCACAGUUGUUAACAAGCAAUCAACAUUUAUCAAUGAACUUAACCUCAAGGGGUAUUUACAAGAUUUUACAAGGACAUAAAAUAUCAUAAGAUGAUACGUACAUAAUAAGUAAUGAUCACAAAAAUACUGUGCGCUUUGAGAAGUGUCCUUAGAUGUUUUCAGAACAUGGGUGCCAAGGGACCAGGCCCUGGAGCUACCGAGAUCAAGAUGGAGGCAGCAAUACCGUUGAAGCGCCCCGCUGCAGUGAAGCGGCUUGCUGAAAAGCGGCCUGCAAGCGCCGUCAAAGUUGCCAAGCGUCCUGCAAAGCGGUGAAGUGCUGCUAGCGCCAAAAGGAGCCAAAGGCAUGAGAUUAGGUGCAUUAGGAUGGUCAUUGGUGUGCCUUCAGACUCUUCAUCCGGACGGAGAAGAACUGUCACUGUCAAAGCAUUGCUGAUAUUUGAAAAUGGUGUCGCCUUAGAGUCUUAGAGUUUCAAUAUCAUUUUGCUGUUGUGGCAAGAGUUCCAAUGCCGCUGUGGCUUACAGCUUCCCCUGCCCCAGC